AUGGGAUUUGGAGCUUUAAGAAAUGCAAUUCGACCCUUAUCGAAGACCCUUAUAACCCACACCAGAACUUCUUCAGCGACUCCGUUUUUGGCCUCAAAACCAGACUUCAGCCUCUCUAUCAGUGGUGGACUCCAGUGUCCAUGGACUCAAAUGAUCAGGCAUUUCAGCUUCUUAUCUGAAUCAAAGCCUUUUGAUAGAUUAACCGAAACUCGGUUUCCAAAGCGACGACCAGUCGAUAAGCCUCGGAGAAAAAGAGCCAGCUUGAAACCUCCAGGUCCAUAUGCCUGGGUUCAGUAUGUACCAGGAGAACCCAUUAAACCCAGUAAUCCCAAUGAAGGGAGUGUUAAGAGAAGGAAUGAGAAGAAGCGCAUUAGGCAGCGCAGGGCAUUUAUAGUGGCAGAGGCAAAGAAACGUAAAGCUCAGUUGCAGGAGGCUAAUAGGAAGAAAAGAAUUGCAAGGGUAGAGCGUAAGAUGGCUGCAGUCGCUAGGGAUAGAGCAUGGGCUCAAAAACUGGCAGAGCUGCAACAACUUGAGGAAGAGAAGAAAAAAUCUAUGGCUUAA